AUGGUAUUUAUAAAGGGGAGAAAGAAGAAAUUAUACACUAAACCUAGGUUGGCUCUAAAGGUUAAUGUGAUACAGGUCAAGGAGGUUGAUCUCUUCAGAGAUUUCGAAUGUCAUCCCGUAUGUCUAGUGACUACGAAUACCUUUAACAGUAUGAGAACUGGUAAAUUGAAGUAUCGUGGUACUAAAUGGAACCAAGAGUUAAAGAUUAAACUACCAACGAAGCCCACGUCUGAAUGGGUUCGCAUUAUCAUAUAUGAUGAACUGCCGCCUAGUAGUGCAUUGACUCAAGAUGUUGGCGGUGGUGACUAUAGCUCUCGGGAGGCGGUAAAGGGUGAAAGCCGAUUGAGUGGUGUAUCCGGUCGUGGUAGCUCUGCUGGUGUUAGUAGCAGUCAAGAAUACAGCACCAGUAGUACUAACGAUGUAAAACUCCCUAGACAAAGGAAAUAUCUUUACGUUGGAGAGGCUAAGUUAUCGGUGUUAGAUCUUUUCAAAAACCAUGAUGAAUCUGCACAAGCAGAAUUUGUCAUACCGCCUACUUGGUACAAAAUUUAUGACAGGAGAAGGCAUACGAGUGGUAAGAUCGAUGAAUCUUGUGGCCAAGUGGAAUUGGGAUUUCAUCUGGUGACUUUGCAGAAACAGGAUAAUUUGGGUCAAGCAUACAAUCAGUGGAAGAACAGUUUAUCGGCUGAUCUCAGGUAUCAAAAGACUCUGAAAAAAUCCAACAACGCUAUCGGUGGUAUCAGCAAUAAACAAGCCAGUGGAUCUGCUUCUGAUCUGGAAAAAUAUCCAGGGCCAAAGUACGUGGAUGAUGAGGAUGAUGGGUUUGAUUCUUACGUAGAUUAUUCGGAUGAGGAUGGUGUAGGUGAUUUUGACUCCGAUUAUGAACUUUUGGCGGCACUCCAGUCUCAUGAUAGUGAUGAUGUGGCUUUUGAUGCUGAUAGUGUGGGCCUUUCAUCAAUGGUUUCGGCAUUAGAUGAGUACGAAGUCGUUCGACCUGAAGAGGCAUCUGUGCCACCUUCAAUGAGCACACUAGGAUUUGGUGGUGGUGGUGCAGGUGGCGGAAGUAAUGAAACAAAGGAUUCCACGCCGGACGAUGCUUUCGAGGACGAACCAGAAGAAUUGUCUGACACCAUUGAUGAAUAUAGCGAAGAUGAAGAUGAUAAUACGGCUGAUAUUACGGUUAAGAAAUCGGGAAACCGUCUUACAAAUUUGAGAAAGAAAAGAAAUCAUAAUCGUAAGUUUAAGCAGAUUUACUUGUCUAACUGGGCCAAUUACAAGCUUUCAAAGAAACAACAUGCCGCUGGUAUAGUAUUUAUGGAGAUUCAAAGUAUAAAGGAUUUACCCUGUUCCAAGACAAAAGUUUCGAGAAGGAAAUACGAUAUGGACCCCUUUGUGAUUGCAGUAUUUGGUAGAAGAGUGUUCAAGACAUCAUGGAGGAAGCACACUUUGAAUCCCAUCUUUAACGAAUGUGCUGCAUUUGAAGUGUUUCCAAACGAGACCCACUUUGGAUUCCAUUUCAACGUAAUGGAUAAAGAUGCAUUUUCAUAUAACGAUAAAGUAGCCCGCUGUCAUCUUUCCUGGUCAGAAAUGAUGGAUUCCCAACGUGGUCCAGAUGGGGACUGGGUACCGCUCGAAUUGCCACUUCAAACUAUGAAGGCUAAUCUGAAUGAUCGGUCUCCAAAGCUUUUGGUAAAGAUGAAGUUCUUACCUUACGCUCGCUUAAAGGAAUUCUUCUGGAAAAAUGCCGUUAACAUGGGGACUGGAUUAGAGAAGUUCGACAUUGCUCAAUUGUCUUUCUAUUUAGAUAGGAUUGGGUCUUUCACUACUGAGGAGGUAUGUGAUUUCUUUAAACAUUUCAAAAGAUCACCUUGGAGCGGCGAAUGUAUCACAAAGGAUGAACUGAUAGAAUAUUUACAGAAAUGGAAUCAAUCUUCAGGGUUUAAAAACGUUUGGAAAUGUCCAUGUUGCGCUAAAUCCUGUAAACCAACCAGAAAUACCAUGAAGUCUAAAUUGGUUGUGGAGAAUGAUUUAAUCACUCAUUUUGCAGUUUGCUCGUAUGAACGAAAGUACAAGUUAUUGAAACCUUCCUAUGUUUCUUCGGAUUUUGCCUCUAAAAGGUGGUACUCCAAGAUUCUCAUCAAACUGACGUAUGGGAAAUAUGCAUUGGGUUCCAAUAAUGCAAAUAUUCUUGUGCAAGAUAGAGAGACCGGUAUUAUUCUUGAAGAGAAAAUUAGCGCUCAUGUUAAACUUGGUAUGAGAAUCAUUUACAAUGGUAAGGGCAAACAAUCGAAGAAUUUUAGGCAAUUGUUGAAGACACUUUCCAUCCGGCAGGGCAAAAAAUUUGAUGAUCCAUCAUCUGUCAAGCAAAUUGAGUCUUUUAUUAAGUAUCAUUCUUUGAACAUGUCAGAGUGUGAAAAUGCGAAUUACAAGACCUUUAAUGAAUUCUUCUAUAGGAAAUUAAAACCUGGCACUCGGAUUCCAGAAGGUGAUACUUCCAAGAUAUUUGUAUCGUCAGCAGACUCUAGAUGUACUGUAUUCUCCAGUGUGCAUCAAUCAAAGGAAAUAUGGAUAAAGGGAUCGAAUUUUACUAUACCCAGACUCACGGGGGGGUAUGCCCCUGAACUGUUUAAUGAUAGAGCAUGUAGCCUUGCAGUUUUCAGACUGGCUCCGCAGGAUUAUCACAGAUUCCAUUCCCCAUGCAGUGGUACUAUCGGAAGGCCGAUCUACAUAAAUGGAGAAUACUACACGGUUAAUCCUAUGGCGGUCCGCAGUUCGUUAGAUGUCUUUUGUGAAAAUGUCAGGGUCAUAAUCCCAAUUGAGUCACCGGAAUUUGGUACUUUAUUGUGCAUUCCAAUUGGUGCUAUGAUGGUAGGAUCAAUCGUGCUUACUUGCAAAGAAGGUGAUACCAUUGCUAGAGGUCAGGAAUUGGGCUAUUUCAAAUUUGGAGGCUCUACAGUCAUUGUUGUCAUACCCUCUGAUAAAAUUUUAUUUGACUCUGAUCUAUCUAAAAACUCAGUGGAUGGUAUCGAAACUUUGGUCAAGGUUGGAAUGAGUGUAGGUCAUACUCCAGAUAUCAGCGAGUACAAGAGAGAACGUGUGAAGCUAGAGGAUCCUGAGCAAAUUGAAAGUGUCAAAAGGAAAAUUAGCAUCAAACAUGAAAAUGCAGAUAUUUUGGGCAGAUUAUCUUGGCAAUAUCGUGCAUUGGAAAAUUUUGUUACAAAACAAUACGGUAAACCUGAGAUAGUCUCAGAGGAAGUAGGUGGUAAUCAUACAAAUGAGGGCUACCUCGUAGAAAAUUCGUCAUCGUCUACAUUUCCUUCUAGCGGUUGA